AUAAACUUGUUAGCCUUGAUAUCCAGCUAUUCAUCUCGCAAGGUUGUAAACAUUUGCUGGACACUGGCUGCACAUACUGUCAAGUGUCAUCCUCUCGGUCAGAAUUCAGUAUUUCUUUUGCUUCUUUACUAAUAUGGGGUUGAUAAAAUCGAUAGCAAAAUUGUCCGCCUUUUUGGUGGCACUUUUUGCAUUUGUGAUAUAUUAUAAAUUCAUAAGGACGAUUCCUGGUCCUGUAGUUCAGUUAGAAGAUGGCAAAAUACAGGGAAUUAAACUGACUUCAAGAAAUGGGCAGGAGUAUUUGGCAUAUCUAUCGAUUCCUUACGCACAGCCCCCCGUUGGACGGCUUCGUUUUAUGGGACCAGUCCCUGCCGAAAAAUGGGAUGGCAUUUUAGACGCUUCGAAAUUUGGCGAAAUGUGUGCACAAUUUGACUAUUUGGUCCUGGGAAUAAAGCUGGGAAGUGAAGACUGCCUUUAUCUUAACGUUUACGUUCCCGAAAAGAUUCCAAUAGGCGAAAAAUUACCAGUAAUUUUUUACAUCCAUGGUGGAUAUUUCAUGUUCGGCAGCUCUCACCUUGCUGGAGCAAACUAUUUCUUGGAUCAUAAAGUGAUAUUGGUAACAAUUCAUUACAGACUUGGUGCUCUUGGGUUUCUUUCCUCUGGUGACGGGGUCAUACGAGGAAACGCUGGGCUGAAAGAUCAAAAUCUCGCCUUGAAGUGGGUACAGAGAAAUAUAGAUGCGUUUAAAGGGGACAAGACAAAAGUCACCAUUAUUGGGGAAUCUGCUGGGGCAGCCAGUGUCCAUUAUCAUAUGCUCAGUCCAUUAUCCAAAGGUCUAUUUUCACGAGCAAUAAGGGAGAGUGCGUCUGCGUUAGACUACUGGACCCUAUAUCGAAACAACAAAGAGCAGGCUGCACGAUUCGCCAAAAAGUUUAAUUGUCCAACUGACAACUCCAAUAAAAUGGCAGAGUGUCUUCAAUCACUGGACGUUCAUACCCUUCUUGACGGGCACAAGGACAUGCAGGAAUUCACAACCCCACUCAUCGGUAAAUUUGUUCCGUCUAUCGAAGUCAAAGCCGAUGCUGAUGCAUUCUUGACAGAAGAGCCUAUUGUACUAUUGAAAUCUGGAAGAUUCAAUCGUGUGCCAUUUAUGACUGGAUUUAAUCAUGACGAAGGACUUAUGCAUUCAACAAGUUUAUGGGCUAAUCAAACGAUACUGGACGAAGCGGAUGAUUGGCAAAACUGGGCUCCGAAAGCAUUUCAUUAUAACCCCAAAAGGACUGAUAUAUCUCAGAAGUUGCGUCAAUUCUAUUUCGGUGCACAAACGAAGCACUUGAAUUCUCGCGAUCUUAUUCAAAACUUUACAAACUUAUUUGGAGACCGGUUAUUCAUCGUGGGAGUCGCACAGGCAGCCCUCUUGGAAAGAAAGUUUGUUCCCACGUACUUGUAUUACUAUGAACAUGACGGAGGCUUUAAUCUGGGCACAUUUCUGGCCACUUCACAAGCAAAAAUUCACCCCAUUGUUGAUCUCAUCGCUGAACGCCUAAGGUAUCUGUAUGUUACAUUUCUGUUGGGAGAGGAAUACCGGCACGAUGUUCCAGGAACAGCACAUUAUGACGAAUUUGCAAUGCUUUACUCUGGUCCAUUGGAGUAUAUGUACAUGACUUCAAAGGAUGUUAAAAUGUCGAUAGAAAUGGUGAAAUUAUGGGUCGAUUUUGCAACAGAUCAGAAACCACUUAAAUUUCGUGGGAUAGAAGUACAGCCUGCCAGCGACAAAGGAGACGUAAAAUACUUUCACAUGACUUAUGAUAACCCGAAAAUGAUUAACGAACCAAUUACUGAUCGACGUUUGCUUUGGGAAAGCUUUAAUUUGCAACCUGAAUAAAAAUUUCAUGACGAAUGGCCAUACUCACUUAAUUUUUAUGUUAAAAUGUAUGUGUCAAUGUUAUAAAUUCCUGAUCGUUGGCCACCUCGAAA